AUGAAGGUCGAAACACCUCAAAUUUUGUGGAAUAUCGAGGGCGACUCUCGCAAGAAUGCUCCUCUGUACAGCAUUGCGAUGCAAGAAAGCGGUCUGGUGGAAAAUGGUCACGUUUUGGCCACGGCUGGAAACACGAACAUUAUCAAUCUUUGGAAGGUUUCCUUUGCUUCUCACGAUGAUGAUGAUGGUGAUGAUGGUGAUGAUGGCGACAAGGAAAAACAACUCUUUCACAUGGACUGCAAAAACCUGCUCAACAAGGUAGAUUACAUGACGAGUCUCUCGAGACACGAACGGCCCGUCAAUUCCGUAGCCUUUUCACCGAAUGGCUUGCAUUUGGCCACGGCGGGAGAAGCGGGCAAUAUUAUCAUUUGGUCCGUCCCUUUGUCAAAGAGAGGGAAUGGUAAUGGAAAGCAUUUUUGGUCCACCCUGGCAUCCGAAAAAGAAUUGGCCGUCAAGAUUGUCAGCACGCAUUGCGAGGGAGUCACGGAUUUGUCCUGGAGCGCCGAUUCCAAACGAUUCAUGGUCGGGACCAUCGAUUCCCAAGUACAAGUUUGGGAGGACAAACAAUAUGCCCACAAUAUGGCAAACACCGAAUCACAACAAAAGGAUAGUGAAUGGCAGUCUGUCUUUCGAAGUGGGGAGCAUAGCUCGUUUGUCCAAGGAGUUUCCUAUGAUCCCCUAGGCGUCUAUUUGGCCAGUAUGGGGAGCGACCGAACCUGCCGUCUAUUUCCACGCAAAAUUCCACCCAAAUCCAAGAAAAAGGUCCUACGGCCGUCCAACAGUUGUAAGGAUGCUCCUCCUCCUGCAGAACCACCGCUGGAACACCAACAAAUGGUCUCCCAACUCAUGACGGAACAUAAGGUGGAAAUGGGAAAGACUAAGAGGAUCAAACAGCGCACCACGGCGACGGAUCCCGAAACGGGAGCCCAAACCAAGCAGCGUCUUUUUGUGGACGAAUCGACCUGUGAGUCUUUUUUUCGACGGCUCAGUUGGACCACUGACGGCGCCUAUCUAGUCACUCCGGCGGCGCUCUGGCACAAUGAAGAUGGGGCAGAUGAAUCAUCCUCGUCGUCGUCGCCUUCCUUUGCUACCUACUUAUUUGCCCGCCACAAAUUUGAUGAACCUUGCAAAGUGCUUCCUGGAUUGGAUAAGCCUUCGGUAGUCGUCCGACCGAAUCCAGUUCUGUUUGAAUUGCCAACGACGAAGAAUCAAUCGAACAAGAAUCGACCCAGCGAGAGUGAAUGUGAAUCCAAGGAAAAUGAAUCCCCCAAGGGCCGCAACCACAAGAACCUACCGUAUCGAUCCAUCUUUGCCGUCAUGACCUUGGAUUCCAUAUUGAUUUACGAUACCCACCAUUCCCAUCCUUUGUCGAUUGUAAGGGGUUUGCAUUAUACGGGGCUCACGGAUUGUUCUUGGUCCCAAGAUGGGCACAGUCUAGUGGUUUGCAGUACCGAUGGAUAUCUGUCCAUUAUCAAUUUUGGACCCAAUGAAUUGGGCAAGGUAUACCAACCACCACCAGCAGCACAAGAAUCACAAAUGCCAGCAGCCGUCAUGGCACGACCACCACAAGUCAAAAUGAUGAUGCAAAAUCCCAGUCCUGUUUCCAGUCCCAUUCCUCCGUGUCGACCUGGACCGGCAGUCUUGGAAUCACGGCCGACCAAGAAGACGCGAAUCACUCCAACCACGCUGUCUCCUACGUCCACAAUGAUGACAUGUAGUAGUUCCACUAUUGCUACUAAGAGUCCAACAACAGUCAGCACUGCUACGAAACGUAGUGCACCAGAGACGGAAGAAGUGGGGGAUGCCGUCAACAAGCUGUCAUUGAACAGCCGAUUACACGUUGCAGAUGGGGAGAAACAGCCCAAAAAGAAGAAGCGGAUUCAACCCAUGUUGAUUUCAACGUAA